GCCACAUACUAGAAGACUCGAGAACAAAGAAACCUUCCUCAAAGGCGGUUAUAAAUAGAGAUUUUCUUGGUCCCCAAAAUUCACAAUAUCAUCCAAAUCCCAAGCAAAUAACAAUUUCUCAAGUUCAUCGUUGCAUUCAAUCUUUUUUGAUCAGAAGAUGCAGAUCUUUGUGAAAACCCUAACCGGUAAGACGAUUACUCUUGAAGUCGAGAGUUCCGAUACGAUCGACAAUGUGAAAACGAAGAUACAGGACAAGGAAGGAAUCCCUCCAGAUCAACAACGUCUUAUCUUCGCCGGUAAACAGCUCGAAGACGGCCGUACUCUCGCCGAUUACAAUAUACAGAAGGAAUCGACGCUCCAUCUUGUUCUUCGUCUUCGUGGAGGCAUGCAGAUCUUCGUCAAAACCCUAACCGGAAAGACGAUCACGUUGGAGGUCGAGAGCUCUGAUACAAUCGACAACGUGAAGACGAAGAUUCAAGACAAGGAAGGAAUCCCUCCCGAUCAACAGCGUCUCAUCUUCGCCGGUAAACAGCUUGAGGACGGCCGUACCCUCGCCGACUACAACAUCCAAAAGGAGUCAACGCUUCAUCUCGUCCUCCGUCUUCGUGGAGGUAUGCAGAUCUUCGUUAAAACCCUCACCGGGAAGACGAUCACCUUGGAGGUUGAGAGCUCCGACACCAUCGAUAACGUUAAAACCAAAAUUCAAGAUAAGGAGGGGAUUCCACCGGAUCAACAGCGAUUGAUCUUCGCCGGAAAACAACUGGAGGAUGGGCGAACACUUGCAGACUAUAACAUCCAGAAGGAGUCGACUCUCCACCUGGUUCUUCGUCUGCGCGGUGGUAUGCAGAUCUUCGUGAAGACUUUAACGGGUAAAACUAUAACGCUGGAGGUGGAAAGCUCUGAUACUAUCGAUAACGUGAAGGCUAAAAUCCAGGAUAAGGAGGGGAUCCCACCUGAUCAACAGAGGUUGAUCUUUGCAGGGAAGCAAUUGGAAGAUGGUCGUACGUUAGCUGAUUAUAACAUCCAGAAGGAGUCCACUUUGCACCUUGUUCUUCGUCUUCGUGGUGGUGAUCUCUGGAAGUUGAACUAGAUAGUUAUCUUGGUGUUGCUUUGAUAUGGGUGUAUUGGUGUUAGAUGCCUGUUUUGGUUGAUUGAUGUAUUGGUGUGUUACAAUUUUAGAUCAUUAAAAAAAAAACUAAUCAGAAUAGUCUUUUGUUACUCUAAAAUGGUUGAAGGUAAUUGUGUGUUUUCGAUGCAUAAAAA